UUUUCACUCGGUUCUCAAGGUUGCACACUGAUAUUAAGCAAUUCAACGAAAUCGACUGUACUAUUGCAAACACACUAUUAUCGCUUUAAGACAAGGCCGGGUGUGAAAGGUAUUGAACAGCUGGAACAGCCUGAUGAGACUGCUACGAAACAGACGCCAACAACAACCUUCAUUACAAACAAGCUGCAGUGUCAGUGUGAAGUAAUUUAUACCGACAACCGACAAAAAAGAUUCACAAUCGCAGUGAAAUGGAAAAGAUACACAUCAACAAACAAGCAACCAAUGCAGUGGAGGCCUAUUUAGAAUACAGAAGGAUUGUUGGGGAAGAUGAUGGAGGGAGGCUGUUUUCAGAGGAAGAGUACAAGAAAUACAAAGAGACAGUCGUGCCAAGAAGAAUGCAGAACCGCCUUUAUGUCAGUUUUGGCGUCCCGGGACAAAUAGACUGCAAACUCAUUGGACCAGAGACACCUUGCUUUUGUGCACACAGGUAUAAACAACAUUGCACAGACUUUGAGGAGUUGCCGAAGGAAAGGCCUAUACUCUUGCCCUGUAGGGUCAAAGGUUGUCAGUGUGUAUCCUAUGAGUAUGUUCAUAUCAGCGGCUCUAAACCAGUACGCUGUCAAUGCAAACACACAACCACUGAGCAUAGUGAAGCUAUAGGGCACCAGUGCAAGAAAUGCACUCACUGCACUGGCUAUCGAAGUCCAUUCACCUGUGGAUGUGGUCAGCCUGGAUAUGCCCAUGUGACGCUAGUUGAAACCAAGGAGGAGCGCAUGGCACGGGGUCGUCCGGUGGGCAGAGCUGUUCCUUAUGCGGCUAUGGGAGGCUUAACUGGGUUCAGCUCACUGGUGGACGGCUACCUGAGACUGGAUCCAAGUGGCAUAGGCAAUACAUGUGAACAGCACACACACAGGUGUCCACGGGAAGUCUUAAACAUGCAAACAAUCUACAAACACACACCUGUGUCCAAAGAAAACACCGGAGUAAGCUAGUGGAAGGGAUGAUGUCUAACCUGAAAGGUGACAUAUCAGUUUAGUGUGAGUGUUUGAUGAUGGUGCAUGUGUGUGUGUGUUGAUAUCAACCCAGAUGCCCAACUUCACAGAUGCUUUGGUGUCAUUAUGCCUUCAAUAAGUCUUCACUGUAUUAAUUAUGACCCUACUGACCUUAAUCUAAAGACAAGAUGCAAUGAAAUCUCUUCACAAAUUCUCCGCCAGUGGAAACCAUUAUAAAAAUGCAAGGAAAGAAGGAAAACUUCAAAAUAUACCUCCUUACAAGUCUAAUCUCCUUGCCAUGGAAACCUUUCUGAGGUCUUUAGAGCAACUGAUGUACUGCUAUCGGAGUCACCAUGGUGCCGUGACUGACAGGCGUUUGGGAGGAACAGAAGAGAGUAGAAAACAAACCUGAAAAAUAUUCACCUCUGCGUUAGGUUAUAGCUCAGAUUCGUCACGUGAAGCAGCUGUCAAUCAAUGAUUUAUUUAAAGAAGUAUGAUGAAUCAUAGGUGGAGCAUAUGUCCGCGAGUUGGAAAUUACCAGGGGCCUGGGACAAAAUGCUGCCGCAGAGUCAGGUAAACUAAAUUUAGAGCUGUGCAUUAUAACCAAUCACAUACAAUUUCGUUGAGUUUAGGAAUGCAAUGACCAAUCAGAAGCGCUCAGAUGAGUCAUUGCUGAAACGUUUUGAUCAUGUUGAUCAGUGCAGGCGCUGUCCGACUGAAUUUUGCACUCUUACAAAUUCUCUCAUCAUAAACAACAAAGUGCAGAUGUAUGUAUGAUGUAAGUAAGAGGUUCAUUCAUCAAACUGUCUAUCCACCUUAUUUUUCCCGUAAGAGUGGGCGCGGCCAUUUGUGUGUCUGCACUCUAAAAAUGAUGCGUUAUUUUUUUUCACCCAAAUGCUGGGUUCAGCCUCCUGGGUCAUUUUAUUGGGCUGUUUUUAAUAUUUUUAGCUAGGUGCUGGGUAGUUUUUCUGCACUCUAAAAAAUGCUGGGUUAUUUUUUAACCCAUAUGCUGGGUUCAGCCUGCUGGGUCAUUUUAAUGAUUGUUUUUAUUAUUUUUACCCAGGUGCUGGGUAGUUUCUUCUGCACUGUAAAAAAUGCUGGGUUCAGCCUGAUAGGUAAUUUUAAUGAUUUUUUAAAUUAUUUUUUACCCAGGUGCUGAGUAUUUUUUCCGCACUCUAAAAAAUGCUGGGUUCAGCCUGCUGGGUCAUUUUAAUGAUUUUUGUAUUUUUUUUUUGUUAUUAUUUUUACCCAGGUGCUGGGUAAGUUUUCUGCACUCUAAAAAAUGCUGGGCUAUUUUUUUUAACCCAAAUGCUGGGUUCAGCUUGCUGGGUCAUUUUAAUGAUUGUUUUAAAUAUUUUUUUACCCAGGUGCUGGGUAGUUUUUCCUGCACUCUAAAACAUGCUGGGUUAUUUUUUAACCCAAAAGCUGGGUUCAGCUUGUUGGGUCAUUUUAUUGGGUUAUUUUUAAUAUUUUUAAUGCUGGGUUAUCUUUUCUACCUAACUGCUGGGUUGAGCCUGUCUCAGACAAAACAGCCCAGCUGCUAACUUGCAGUCAGAACGCGGGCUUUUUGUGUCCUCUACAGGAGAGAGCAGUUUACAGCACAGCUGAUUUGGUGCACUUCUUAAGCAAAAUAAAGGUUUGUAUACAUUUUAUUUCAUUUAUCAUAUUACUGUGCUGUAAAUUAUAUCAUUUUGUGCAAUGCAACAUACAAGGACUAGAAGUCAGUCAGCUGCGUGAGCAGUGGUCAUUUUGCAUGAUGGAAACACCUUUUACCUUGCAUAACAUAAAUUGUUCAGUUUAAUUUGAUGUUAAAAUAUGUUAUCAAAUCUCAGUACUGUUUGUUUAUAGGCAGAUUAUGGAGUCAGUUGCAGCAUCUUUCAGCUACAAGUAAAAUGUGAGGUGGCGGUCAGAGGUUCGUAGUUCCUCAGGAAACAGCAGCCCAUCACUGGCUUAGAUUUCGCUGGUACAUCGGCACGAGAAUCUGACUUAUUUAGAUGAAAAGUGAUUACAGAGAAUGGUUAAAUACAUUUAUAUUAAAAUGCUUAUUUUAAAUGUUUCAUUUAUUUGAAUUGAAUUUAUUUGGGUGGCUGUAUUCACCCAAAUAAAAUUCAAUUUGUCUUAUAUUUUUGUCCAUGGAUGUUCUUGCUUAAUAAUAAAUGUUCAUCUUUUGAUUAUUGCUGUUGCCUUUAUAAUUCUGUCCAAAUAACCUUACUCUGGAGUUUGUUCGCUAGACCUAUGUACUGCAAACUUGCUAUACAAAGUCAGGAACUGUCCAACUAUGAAUCAUAGGCACUUCUUGAUUCUGUUCAGACUUUAUUAACAGUCUGUUUAUAUUACACUGAAUUGCACUGAAGCCUCGCAAAGUGUC